CCUCUCGCCACCAUCGUGAAGGCGUCAUUCUGGCGGCCCUUCCUAUCUGUCUUUCAUACGCGAGAUGCAAUAACAGUGAUCUUGCAGUAUUUUUCAAGCCAUCUCAAUGACACGGCCGCCCUAAUGCCCGGGAGUCGACGCCCUAGCUUACCAUCCUCAUACGAUUCUUCUGCUAUAGAUGGUGCAAUAUCAAGAUCUUUGAUCAGUAGAAACGUGAAUGAUGCAAAGCCGGGCUCUGCGUAUCCAACGUGACUUAUGAAUGUCUGCGGGGCCCAAGAUCCGACACGUGUAGGCAACAUGUCCUACUGGGGUUCUCUUGCUGCAUGUAAAUGCGAACCAUGUCCUUCCAAUAGCCCCACAUCCACAUCCCCAGACAAUACCCAUGUCCCCCUUCACAGUCUUUGACCCGGCUCACAAAAUCAAACAACUCUUCUGGAUCUUCCGUCGUUCGAGUCGGAGGCAGAAGACAUUUCAGCGCGCAGACCCGGUUGAACCGCCGUCAGCCGAGCUAAAAUGUAAACAAGAUCGUCAUGAUACGUCGCUUAAUGAGCCGGCUAUGUUUGCUGUUGAUACAGCAGCUGUGUGCGUUUGGGAUGACGUUUACUGUUCAAAUGGGGAUGAUAACGACGAGGAGGGCGAAUACUAUAUACUAAGGGCCCAGAAUACGCUCUUCAAGGUACGAAGAUCUAUUCUGGCGCGAGAUGAUUCAGCCUUCCAAAGCUUGGAGUCAUUUCGAUGUAGCUGGAAAUACGGCCACUCGCCUGUCAUUAGGGUCCCCGAAAGUGCUGAUAAACUUCGGGACCUACUGUGGGCUUUGCAUCACCUAGAUCCACACAACCCCUACCUCGCUCAUGGCCCAUCUAUAUUUUUUCUCCUAAACAUUGUCGAGCUAUCCAGCAAAUAUCGCUUCCCCUCCUUUGAAUCCUGGGCUGCCGAUCAGCUGUACAAAAUGCUGCAGGGAACAGCACUUCCAUUCUCUCUCGUAUUAACAUCAUCCUCUCGUUCAACAUCCUCCUCUUCCAUGACCCUCACCGAGAACCUGUCAGAGCCACUGAACAUGGAUUCGAUCUGCAUUCGACUUCUCGACAUUUCCUUUACUUCUCGGUUUGAGUCCCUAUUUCCUCUCGUGAUACGAAAGAUUGUAACCCGGACCUUGUGGUACGGCUACCAUCCUGGGGAGACUCUCGUUCGGACCAUACAAGGCCUUUCGGUCCGUCGGUCCCGCUUCAAACCCCACCUACGCCACCUCUUAGGGGUUGUCUACUACCGGAUGCUAAUAGAUCUCCCAUGCUUCUCGACAUCCGGGGGAGGUGUUAUUUUCCCGCGUUCGAUGGAUAUCGAACUGCGGAUGUGUUUCCUCUCGGCGCACGACUCGCUUACUCGUAUGUGGGCGAGAAUGCGGUCAUCGCUGUCCCCCAUUGGAGGGCCCGAGUCCGUCUUUCCCAACCCACAUGCAGGAUGCAAGGAAAUGUGGGAUUAUUACUGGACGGAAUCAGCUCGACGAGCGGAGCAGUCGAGCUCGGGCCGGAGGCGGAAUCCAACCGACGUUUUGGGGUUGCUGAAGUCGACGAUGAUCAUGGUGCGGAAAGUUGUGGCGGACUCGCCGUCGGUGUGUUUGGAGUGUUCUUUGGCUGGUCUAGAGGCGGUGGACAGGGUGCGGGAUGGGAUCAUCAAUAAUCUGAGUGACUUGUUCGCGUAUUGUUAGAGCUGGGACGGUUUGGACGACUUGUAUUUGUACUAAUCUCGCUUACCACUCCUUUAGUCGGUCGAGCAGGACGUGAAAUGCGAUCCUUGGAGGAUCAAACUGUAUUUCUGACUAUGAAUGACGCUGCAAAUAAUGUUCCUUUGUCUCCAUAUUCACACUGUAUACCUUCUCUUUUCCGUGUAACCAUGUCUUACAUUUUGUAUGCCACAUAUGAUAACUUGCGUCAAGAAGGAACGCGAUUUAAGAAGUAUUAGGAAUGUUUCAUAUAUUAAAUAAAAGCAGUUGACC